AUCUCUCUCUCUUGUUUGAACAAAAAGUCAUACGUUUUACUGUGCACGCACGCUUUAUGACAUCCAAUCAUAAAAAACAAUCUUUCGAGAAGAAGACGUAUCCAUCCUCUCCAAAUGGAUAUAUCUUCAUCCCCCCCAUUUUUUUUUUGUCCUAAUCUCAAUCCACUCGCUCUCUAUAUAUACACCCUUCCCCUCCCCAUUCCUCCUCCAUACCCGCAUCUAUACACACAUACAUACACCUAUAUAGACAAGUAGAGAAAGAAGAACAGGAGAAAAAUGGGUUCACUUCCACGUCCACACGUGACAGAAGACUGCAUGGGAAUGCUUCAGCUCCUAAGCGAUGGCACGGUCUUGAGGGCUGAAACCCUAAACCUAAUCUCCAAAAUCCCCAAUAAGACCUCCACUCUCCAACACGAUCGUUCCGUUAUAUUCAAAGACAUCGUCUUUCACAAACCCAACAAUCUCCUCCUCCGUCUCUACAAACCCAACAACCAUCAACCUAACCAUAAGCUCCCAAUCCUCGUCUUCUUUCAUGGCGGUGGCUUCUGCUUCGGCUCUUUCUCUUGGCCCAACUCCCAUAACUGCUGCCUUAAGCUCGCCUCCGAACUCAACGCCAUGGUCGUGGCCCCUGAUUACAGGCUGGCUCCUGAACAUAGGCUUCCUUCUGCACUUGACGAUGCUCAAGUCGCCCUCGUGUGGGUUCGCAGCCAGUCUCGCGGUGAGGGCACUGAUGUGUGGUUCGAGUCCGGGGAAGUUGACUUUGACCGAGUUUACGUGGUGGGUGACUCGUCGGGCGGGAAUAUUGCCCACCACUUGGCUGUCCGGUUGGGAGUCGGUUCGCCCGGUUUGAGGCCGGUUAGGGUACGAGGUUAUGUUCUGUUGGCGCCGUUUUUUGGUGGGGAGAUCAGGACAAAGUCUGAGGAGGGUCCUGACGAGGCUCUGCUCAACUUGGACAUUCUUGACAAGUUUUGGAGGUUGUCAUUGCCAAAAGGAGCAACAAGGGACCACCCAAUAGCGAAUCCCUUAGGACCGACGAGCCCGAGGCUCGAGCCAUGGAGUCUAGACCCGAUCUUGGUCAUCGUCGGCGGCUCGGAACUUCUCAGGGACAGGGCCAGUGAUUAUGCGGACAAGUUGAAGAAGAUGAAGAAGAAGAUCCAUUACUUGGAGUUCAAAGACGAGGAGCACGGUUUCUUCACAAAUGAUCCGAAUUCAGAUGUUUCCGAACAAGUUCUUCGUGCCGUCGAGAGAUUUAUGAUCGAGAAUUCCACAGAAUAAAACUCGUUUUUGAGUUUGUGAUCUGUUUAGGGAUUUGUAGGGUUUUUUCUUCUUUCAUAGCAUCAACCUUGAUGGCAAUAUGAAUAAGCAAUUGAAAUGGAUUAUGGAAUGAAUUUGUGUUGUUAUAUUCUAUAUAUGGUCUUUUU